AUGGUUCUCUAUGCUCAAAUGAAAUUUCUCAUUGAGAGAAAUUAUGUCUUGAGUGAUCAUCACCCUUAUGGUGUCCUUACAAUGCUUCAAGAUAAAAAAUGGACAGGUUCUUUGGUUAAAUUUACUGGUUUUGUGGAUAGAAUAGUCAAGGAAUUCUAUGCCAAUCUUACUAAUGAAAUUAUUGACCCUAAAUCUCAUAUGUAUUGUAAAGUUUAUGUUAGGGGUCAUUGGUUUUCUUUUUCUCCACAAGAUAUUGCACAGGCUUUGCAUCUUCCUCUUGAUGUUGAGGAUGAUGAUGAUCUUGCCCCUCUUGACAAGGAUGAGGUCAUCACUGAAUUAGUAGGGCAAAAAAUGGUACGACCCCCUAAUACAGUCAUCUCAGUCACUAAUCUCACCUACACUUAUGUUGUUCUCCAUAAGUUUGCCACAACGAAUUGGAAACCAACUUCUCACACCGCAACUAUCUCAUUUGACAUGGCUUCCUUUUUGUACAAAGUGUGGACCGAAAUUGGUAUAAACUUGGCUAUGUUUAUCUAUGAUCAAAUCAUUGGAUUUCGAAAAGCUAAUAGGAGAAACUUGAAUCUUCCAUUUCCUCAAGUUAUUUAUAAAGUGUUGAGUAUGCAGAAAAAAGAUCUCAAGCGUGAUCAAGAAGACUUGGUGGCUCCCACUACUGCUGCUUCCUACAAAGCCUCUGCUCCAGCUACUAAAGCCGCUGAUGCUCCAUCCACCAAGAAAGUCAAGCCCCAAUCUCUGAAGUUUGCCUCGGAUGACAUUCCUCCUGAAUCCUCCUAUGUUCCCACAGAUUCAGGACCUGUUUCUAUAGAACUAGCUACUGUUCGAGCCUCUAUUGAUUCUUUGGUUGCUCGAGUGAUGACCAUUGAAGGACUGCAACGUUCUGUUUUGGAUGUUGUCCAAACUCUGUCCAAGGAUCCAGCCGUUUAG